GGCGGAUGGGAUUAUUAAAGCUUCGCCGGAGCCACGGCUCGCCCUCCCACUCCGCCAGCCUCCGGGAGAGGAGCCGCGCCCGGCCGGCCCGGCCCCCAGCCCCAUGGACCUCCGAGCAGGGGACUCGUGGGGGAUGUUAGCUUGCCUAUGCACGGUGCUCUGGCACGUACCGGCAGUGCCAGCUCUCAAUCGCACAGGGGACCCAGGGCCUGGCCCCUCCAUCCAGAAAACCUAUGACCUCACCCGCUACCUGGAACACCAACUCCGCAGCCUGGCGGGGACCUACCUGAACUACCUGGGGCCCCCUUUCAAUGAGCCUGACUUCAACCCUCCUCGGCUAGGGGCAGAGACUCUGCCCAGGGCCACUGUCAACUUGGAAGUGUGGCGAAGCCUCAAUGACAAACUGCGAUUGACCCAGAACUAUGAGGCUUACAGCCACCUCCUGUGUUACUUGCGUGGCCUCAACCGUCAGGCUGCCACAGCCGAGCUGCGCCGUAGCCUGGCACACUUCUGCACCAGCCUCCAGGGCCUGCUGGGCAGCAUCGCAGGUGUCAUGGCGGCUCUGGGCUACCCGCUGCCCCAGCCUCUGCCUGGGACUGAGCCCACUUGGGCCCCUGGCCCUGCCCACAGCGACUUCCUCCAGAAGAUGGAUGACUUCUGGCUGCUGAAGGAGCUGCAGACCUGGCUGUGGCGUUCAGCCAAGGACUUCAACCGGCUUAAGAAGAAGAUACAACCUCCAGCAGCUGCGGUCACCUUGCACCUGGAGGCCCAUGGCUUCUGAUCUCCGACCUUAAUCAUUUCCCCCUCUUCCUCUCCCCCCACCCCCAGCCGUGCCCUUCAAGUCCUGCUCCCAUUCUGGAGGAGGAGGGAGGAACCUAGAUGCCAACACUUGUUGAGCCAGGAGCCAGAUGCCAGGUGCUCUGGUCCUCCCUGGUCUUGGAUGGCAGGGUGGUGCAAUAGGCCCCAUCCCCUGCCCCGAUCUCAGAGUCCUGUGGGUCUAGAGCACAGGGACAAUGGAUGCCAUCCUGUUUCCACAGAGGUAACUCUUGAGGAAGUUACCUUAGGUGGCUUGAGUGGGUGCGAAGGCAUUCACUGCUGCCUGUUUCCUGCUACCACCUGCCAGUGCCCACCUAGCCCCACAUACGUCAUUUGCAGAAGCACACCUGGAGGAUAGGGGUGGAGGCCACCAUAGCACGUCUUUGGAGGGUGAAGCCCCUUGGCUGCCCCUCUCUCCUUGGAUGGGUGUUGCUGCCCUAGCCCAAUAACAAUAUGCAUCAAAUUCAGGAAACAAACAUGGCAAUGAGUCCAAACAAGAAGAGAUGAAAAAUGGAAGGAGUGGGAUCUGUACAGGAGGUGACCUAGAAGCCAAAAGGGUGAGGGAAAGAUCAGACCCACAAGUCACCAAGGCAACAGAAGCCAUGUUGGGCAUUAGGACCUUGCCUUGAAUUUUCUUGCCGGCAUCACAGUGCCUCCUCUCCAUCCCCAUUCCCAAGGCGUCUGUGGUUGCUGGGCUGGGGAGGGCAGCCCCAGCCUGAGCUUCAGGGUUUCCUGAGAGUUUACAUUGCAGUAGCAUUGUGAGGUGGGGGCAGCUCCCCUAGGCCCUGCCCCCAGCCACACCCACUCAUGACUCUUAAGUUUGUUGUAUUAAUAUUUAUUUA